CUUUCGGCUCGUUCGAGAUGUAAGUACUAGUUGAAGCGGAGGAACCGGAGGGAGGAGCGCCUUCCUUGGCACAUUUUUGAAAACCAUAGUCCCAUUAGCGUGGUCACGACUGGUAGACAAAAACAAGAAAAAUGUUUUCCUCUUCUCCGAGCCAGUUUUCAUCCUCCUCUCCACAGCAGGAACAUCUUCAACACCACCUGCCGGCCUCCUCGUCCUCGACCUCUGGCAAUACAAAUAAGGACCACCACACAAAUACUAAAGUGAAUACCUCCAGUAUCCUGAGAAAAAAGUGUUACAGUUACACAUUGUGUUGCAGGCCAAGGAAGACAGGCAAGCACUGCCUUCAUGCCGGAUAUGCAUAGGAGCUUCCUUUCGUAGGUGUUUUCCCGUACUAUUUCUGCAUUGCAAGUUUUCUCUCUCAUGCAGCGAAAUUUGUGUUGCUGAAUUGACGAACAAAUGUGCAACUGUAACACUUUUUUCGUGCGAUAUCCAGUCUGGAGUACCUGAUCCAGUCCAAAAAGCUGGAACAGCAUCGUAUGACCCGCUCAGGUGUUGCAGUCUCCAAGGUCGUUAUCGUAUAGAGUUUGGAUUUAUUUGUCUUGCAUGAUGAGCUUGAUAGACUCGCAAAGGCAAAGCACUGCACUUUCUGCAAUACAUUCUAGUGCGAGUUGGGACCGACUCCACCGGAACUUGUGAUGCGUAUUGAUUCCUGUGAGAGUUGUAACCUAGGCAGUGCUCUAUAUUGCAAUACAAAUAAUCUCCGUUUCUAUUGCAACGUUUGAGAUCAUUGUAACAAGACCUGAGCUGGUCAUACGACGGUCCUUUUGCGAACUCCGCAACAGCGAGGAGGAGAUCUUUCUGAAAUCUCCCCCGAAUUUAUUGUAAGGAAAAAUCCCUCCACCCCAUAUCGAGAAGAAAAUUUGUGAUGUUGAUUUGUGACCACAAAUCAGCUUUGUCUUGCGUACAAGACAAACGGCACCCAUGUGGCGCAUAGUGCAGCGAGUCUGUCAUGCGUUUUCGCCUAUGUCAGACUUGUUUCUCAUGCUCAGCUGCUAGCCGGAUGCGUACCCAAACGGGCUUAGAAUAUGCCGACAAGCUCUUGCUGCAAUACAAAGUUCAUUUGUGUACACAAAUCCAGCAACACAAAUUGUCUCUUUGAUAUGGGGUGGGGGCUUUUUUCACUUUGAUAGAAUGCGCUCAAAAACGGGUUCUACCGGCUCGGGAUCGAGCUCGCGCAGGGCAGUGACUAUUACCAUGAAAAAUGCCCCCACCCCCGAACUUGGGAGCAUUUGUAUUGCAAACCUUUCCAAAUGAAACAUUCGCCCUCUUGCAUCUAUCAGCGUCACAGGUUUCCAAUCGUGAAUAGCAAAAAUUUGUAUUGCAAAAGACCCCAGCAAGAGCGUCGCUUGUCAUGCAAGCGAUGCGAUACACGCCUAGACUCUGCAUCAGAAAGAUUCAUACUCCUUUCAUGCAUGACAAAAAGUUUUCAUUUGGAAACUUCGCAUCGCAAAUUUUUGCAACUUUGGGGGUGGAGGCAUUUUUCACUGUAAUAGUGAGGGCGAUGUGUUCGCGGCGGUCAGGAUUCAUGACAAGGACUUUUUGAAAAGAGGUGGUGCAACUGGAGCAACAACUUCCGCAGGAGCAGCCUCCUCGUCCGCUGCUGCUCGCUCCCUGACCAAGCAGGUUGCGCUCAAACGCGUCAUGAUUUCCACGGGGCCGAAGACGAGGAAGCAUGCGUGGACUGAACUGCUCGUGGCGGAAGCCUGCAACCUCGCGAUGUGGGCCCGGGCCCCGGGGGCUGCAAAUAAUGCAAGCAAAAGUCCACAACGACAGCAAGAUGACCAGGACCGGGAGCAGAUCAACAAAAGGAACGUGGAUUCCAUCUCGGAGUCGUUGGAUAAUGAUGAAGAUGCAAAAAACAAAAAUUCGGCGGUCCAGGGUCAUGGCGAAAUAAACCGCGCCUUUGAAAACCAGCAAGAAGAAGACCAACUUGCGUUUUCCCCCUCAACUUCCCCCACUCGCACUCGUCCUGCUUCCGCCCCUUCGGCAUGGGAAUCCGUUCGUCCGCAUCCGUAUCUGGUGCAGGUCCUGGACUUUUUCCCUGGCUGGGACGGCUACGACCGGGAGUUGUUUCUCGUCAUGGAGCGCUGCGACUUCGGGCUGGACGAUUUGAUUCGGGGAAUUCGGGAGGCACGAGUAGUGUACGAGCGGGAAAGGAACGCGAAGAACAGCUCUAGUGCAUCUAGUACAGUUUCAUCUGGGGCGAUGAACAAUACUAGCCAUCAUACGGGUUCUUCAUCGGGUGGUGCAGUAGCAUCCGCCGCAGGGCAACAUUUGGGUCCGCACGCGCAGCACCACAGCAGCAUGAAAGCGGCAAAAAACUACAAUUCGACUAAUUCCUCUUCGCAUAUUAACACCGGACCUCCCGGAGCAGCCCCGUCUCAGUUGCAACCCCUGGAGGCUGGGCGGUGCAGGUUCAGCGAAAACGAGAUUCGGAAGGUGUUUCUGCAGAUGCUGGAGGCUUUGGUGUUUUUGAACAACCAGGGAAUCAUCCACCGAGAUGUGAAGGCGGAGAACAUAUUGUGGCAAAGUUCGGCCUUGCACGACAACAGUUGGUACACAUCAGCUGGCUUCUCCUCUUCAUCUUCCCCGAAUCUCAAUUCUAACUACAAGCUAUGCGAUUUCGGAGUCGCCGUGAAAAUCGACAACGCAAAGCCCGGGCUUACGGAAACCUGUUUCACCGCCGCCAACAGCCCCAUGCUGAACAUGAAUCUCAACGCUACGAGCCCCCCGUUGGGUGCCGCUUCGCCGGCGAACCCAGGAGGAGCUGCGGGUGGACAUCAUGGCAGUCGACACUACGCUGCCGGAACGUCCUCCCGCCCCUCGACUUCCAGCGGCACGUCAAAAAGCAGAAACCGUUGCGGUAGCGCCAGCCCGAACGCGCGGUCGGUGAAAAUGCGAAACAUGCUGCUACGGAGCGCAACCGGCGGGAGCAACUUGAGCAGCGCGCAUGAUGACAACGACAGUACUUCUCAUCUUCCAAACAGUCCGGAACAUACUGCGAGCGGUAGCAGUAAAUCCAACCCGAGGUUGCAGGUCCCCCAAAAGGCGAAAGUGAACUGCGGCACCCUGUGGACCAUGAGCCCGGAGCUGUUGCGGGGGAAGCUCCACGAUGCCAGCACGGACAUCUGGUCGCUGGGAGUCGUCUUGUACGAGAUGUUAUCAAAUGUAAAAAUGUCUGGGUCUGGAAGGAUUCGAAUUUGUGAUGCGAAGUCUACAUCAUGACAAAAUCUGUCAUGCAUGGCUAGCAAAAGGCCCCAUUUCUUGUUUCCGAGAGAGGGAGUUUGUCAUGCGGCCUAGGCAUUGGGAUAAGUGCUCAAAAUCUGUGAUGCUAGAGCUUGCAUGCCAGACGAUCUGGGUCAGGCAAAAACUGCAUGACAGAUUUCGCAUUCUUCCAGACCCAGACAUAUUUGCAUUUGAUAGAUGUGCUACUUGGACAAACCGUACAACUCUAUGGAGUUGCUGGCUUUCCAAAACUAUCCUGUGCAAAAGUAUCGUACUCGUAUUGCAGUUAUGCAUUACAAAUCUUUUUGUCAAGGUAAAUCCGCAUCACAAAUUUUAUUUUUCAUGCUGAGAAAAUUUGUAAUGCAUUUACACGAGUACGAUACUCUUGCAGUGCAUAAAAACGACCUAUCCCUGUUGGAACUGCAUCCGGUUCUGCAGCUAAACGUCAACACAACCAGCGGUACUAGCCAAAAUUAUAACGCGGCGAUGAUGAUGAACAAUACCCCUGGUGGCAAAAAUAAUAAAUCGCCCGGCGGACUUUCGGCGCACAGCAACUGCAGCUCGCCGGUGCUGUUCUCUUCUCCGAACAGUCUCCUGAUGACCGGCGCGGGAUCGUCGCCACUGAUGGGAGCGGCGUAUUUGGGUGCUAGUGCGAGCACCUCUUCGACGGCCACCAGCAGCCGGAUCGCGAACAAGCUGAAAGCGAACGCACAGCAGCAGAAACCACAGAGUUUGAAUACGGCGUUCUCAACUGUUACAUUCUCAACUGUUACAUGAAAUUUGUAAUGCAAGAGCGGCGAAAGUGAAAGGGGGAAGAUUGCGCCUUCUGCAUUACAGAUUCGGCACGGAUUUAGAUGCUGCUCAGCCCUUCGUAUAUUUGUCAUGCGAAGCAGCUUAAUCGUGGCGAUCUUGGUGGUAAAUUUGCAUGACAAAUUCAUGCAACAGUUGAGAGUGUAACAGUUGAGAGCGCCAUAUUGAAGUCCACGUGGUUGAAGUGGAUUUACUCCAAAGAUUUGAAACGCCUGCUGAUCUCCAUGCUGCACUCGGAUCGGCAUUCCAGGCCCACACCGACAGAUUACAAGGUGAAUCCGAACACCUCUAGUGGGGUCGACGUCGACCCAGAAAUUGCGGCAACAUCCGAGGAAGCCGAAGCAAUGUCACCAUCAACUGUGCUGAGCAAGAACAUAUCCAACAUGAUCCCGACAACCUCGAUCUACGAACUGGUCACGAAGCCGAUUGUGGAAAAGUGUCCGACCUACAACAGUAACUUGAUCAAGGAGAAUAUCCCACGAAAAAACUGUUUCACUGUGAUCAUUUUGCAAGAUCUGCAUUACAAGUUUGCUACACAUGACACAGAAAAUUUGCCAUGCGCGCUUCCAAUGGAAAAACACCACUAAAGAGUCAAGGUCUUGCAGGUGUAGCAAGACAAAUAGUCCUGUGUUCCGUUCUAUGCAUCACAAGUUCACAGUGAAAUAGUUUUUUCUUGCGAUAGAGAAGGAUAUCGGCAACCUGUUCACGGCGGAAUUGUUUGCGAGAUAUCUGCUCGAAAACGCCCGCAAUCUGUUGAAGAAAAACCCGACGACGCCGCUACCGCCACUGAAUGACUUGUCCCCUCUAGCCAUGGCGAAACACGUCGACGCGGUGAACAAGCGAAAGCACCAGCUGGCUGUCGAUGAGAAGGAGCGGGCCAAGGAAUUGCAGGAAAGGAGACUUCUGCGGGAGGAGGUAGUACAGAAGCGGGCAACUUUAGAAGGAAAGGCGGCUGGUGCACGGGGACAGACACAGGUGGACCAACGCAAUCAUCUUCAACCUCGGGGUCGUGAGGUUUUUGUCGAGAAAGAGCAGCAGCAAGAACCAGCAGGUUAUACUAAUGGCGUAGAUCAAGACCGUUUCCAGCACGCCCCACCGGUACUAGAGUUGCAGGACGAAAUGCAAAGUAGUGUGAGCGAAGCGGCGAACAACGAUGACGAGGAAGACGGGAAGGUCGUCUUUAGCCCGAGCGACGCGGACUUGAAAGUGGUGGUCGAAGACGGGUGUGGGGCAGCUCCUGCUGUUGGUGACUUCUUGAUGUUUCCCGAGGGCGGUGGUUGUAAAAAUCGUGGCAAGAACGACAAGGAGCAGCGACAUGGCGGAAAUAAAGAACUAGUGCAUCGAGAUAACGACAGAGACAAUCAGGACAUUAACUCCACCUACAGCGAACACUUCCUCGUGGAUGACGAUUUGCAGGUGUUGGGUUGCAGUCCCAUUGUCGAUGAUGAGACUCAUAGUCAACUCUUGAACAAGCACAAUUAUGCUGGAAGAAAUCGAGGGGGACCACUCGGCAUUAACCCUAGUAAUGGAGCUGCCACGACCGCCGCUCCUGCGUAUAUUUCCCUAUCGCAGCAAAUCCAAGAGCAAAUACCAUUUUCUACUACGACGAAAAACAGCAACAGCAGUACAACUUCAUCGACGACAGCUUCGACUACAACUACCGGCGGGACAGCUUAUAGCAAUAAUGCCCGCCUGGUGCCGGCUGGGUCAGGGUCUAGCAACAGUAGAGCGCUGAGUUCGAUCGUCGUGCCGCAAGUCGGCGCCGGGGGGUUGGCCUCGCAAUCGCAAAGCAGGCAUCUACUGCCUCAAGGCGUUGCAACGUCAAGUACUAGCAACGACAUUGUUUACGUCGGGGGCAACAACGUAUAUAGCAGUUUGAACUACUCGCCAAAGAAUUACAGUUACAAUCCUGCAGCUUCCGCACUGAGUAGUGGAGGACCAGGACCACUGUCUGGGAAUAAUCCAAAGCUUUGUUUCUAUCCAGCCGUCAGCUCAUCGUCUGCGGCUUCCAGCACGACUGCUACUCACUUAAGUAACAGCUUCGGCUUGCAGGCUGGUUCUGCGCAGCACCCGGUUUUGAUACCAAGCGGCGCGACCUCAUCGUCUAACACCAGCACGGCGUUGCACCAGAUGAAUACGAUUAACCCAGUGGUGCAACUGCCUCAACUCCCGAAACCGCGACGCGUCGUGGCAAACCCAGGCGGGGGUCCGACUUCCUCACUGUUGGUUGCGCCGUCCUCUUCGAUUGGCGAUGGCAGUGGGGCCUUAGGAAGUGCGAUGUCGUCUUCUUCUGCAGCUGAACAACUGCAGCAUCAGCAGCGUGCGGUUCUUCGGGGUGGUGCUAGUAGUACCGGAACGGGCCUUGGUGCUGCAGGAGCUGGUAGUGGAACAAAUCAAAAUAACAGCUUGAUGCGUGUCAAUUACCUCAAUCACGCGUACAAAUGAAGUCGACGAGGAACGUGGUAGAGCUGGGUUCCUUCCACCGGGCGCGGGCACUGCUUGGUUUCGCAGCAGGAGGUAGCUUUGUGUAAAAUACAAUCAAUUAGGACAAACUUACAAAUGAAGAACAGCCAUUUCACUCAUCAUGAACAGCACUCGCUGUUUGCGCUGAUGGAGCAGACACACGCAUGAUCAUGCCCAUGACCACGUUUCGAUAUCUUCAGUGUGUGACAAAACUAACUCAUCGCAACGAAAGUGAAGAU